AUGCCUACGCACUGCUGUGUCCCCGUGUUCAAGCAAUACGGAUACGUUGACAAGUCCAAACAGAAGAAGAAACACCCCAAGCUCCACCCACCAGCCGAUACUCCCAUGGAAUCGGCAAGUGCAUCGGAUGAGAACGAAGCCCCACAACAGGAGAUCGUCGCUGACCAAAAUAUGCUUCAGGAGCAUGCUCCUACUAGCCACAGCGAGCUCAUGAGAGCAGUUGCUGCACUAGAGUCACAGCUUGCCACAGCGAACAACCAAGCGUUGAAGCAGCUGACAGAAUUAGCCGAGCACGCAGUGCAACUGAGCAAGAGCAAGGAGCUCGAUGAACUCCGAAGUGAGUUGCUCACUUCCAAGCAUUCCAUAGAAAAAUUAAAGACCCAGUAUGCACCUUUCAGCAUAGAACAAUUUCUGGCCUGUGAUGAAGAAAUUCAGUUUUACACCGGACUACCAGACUAUGGAACCUUUCAAGAUCUGUUGGACUAUCUGGAACCAGAACUGUCAGCGGACAAGCCAAUCAUUGCCGAACUGAAGAAGUCGGGCAAGCCAUUUCUGCAGAAUGCGUCGUGUUAUGAUGUUGCUGCAAAGCUCCCCAAGUGUAGAGAGUGUUGGAUGACGCCGAACCAGAGGAAGAAGAAAAUGCCAAACAGUCUCUGUCGCUUCUACGCAUUCAGAAAGCUACGCUUUGACAAGAAUGGCACUGUGCUCAGUGGUGGCUUCUCCGAACCAAGUGAUGCUUCAGAAGAAGAUUUAAAGCUCUGGUUGCCUCCAUUGGAUCAUGCACCCAAAGACUUGGAUGUUAACACUGCAAAAAUCAUACUGUCCCAUGUUGGCAACCAGUUUUGUGAUCUCGUGGAGCAAGAGAGGGAAGCGCAGUUUCUAUACAUGGGCGAAGAUAAGACCAUAUUGUGGAAGCGCGUUGUGCAAGGUGUGCGGGAGCUAUGUGAUGUCUGUGAUACAACUCUCUUCAACAUUCACUGGGUGUGUUGCAAUUGCGGCUUUGUGGUGUGUAUAGACUGCUACAAGGCAAAGAAGAAUGGCACAGUGAAAGCUGAGGACACCCCCCUGAAAGACAAAAAUGAGUUCCAGUGGCUCCUGUGUGCCAAUCGACAGCCGCACGAUCAGGAUAAACUGAUGAUGACACAAAUAAUACCUAGCACGGCUUUUUGGGACGUCAGCCAGGACCUGCGCCGUAGACGCCAUGAGUGGAACAGCGACUGCAAGAAAAACUCCUCUAAAAGUCUCUGCAAGCAACUCAUGAGUUCCGUCAACAAGCGCUUCUCUGAGAAGGAGAGCAGUGCAGUCAAUGAUGAAACGGGGCGGGCUGGAAAGCGCGAAAAGCAAGCUGUGAAUGACGACGCCAACACGUCCUCUGAUGCAAUAGGUGGCAGCCAUAGCUCUGACAGCAUAGGCGCUCUUCUGUCGGCCUUGGCAGAUCUAACACUGCACUCCCCUAGCAAAGUUGAUGACAAAAGUGAUCAGCAGCAGGCGAGUGAAGCUGGUGAUGAUGAGAAGGGUGAAGAUUUUUCUCCACUGCGUGAACUUCGCCCUGCUGGUGGUAGUGCUAAAAAGAGCCAGGUGGAUGAAGUAGUAGCAACAGCAGCGGAGCAUUUGGUGGACAAGACAGAUGAACAGCAACUGGUGCAUUUCUGCCAAGGCUUCCCCAGCCCACAAAAGGGCUGUGAAGACUUGCCUGUACGUGGCAGCCUAGCCGAUACCUCACUGCUUUACCCCAACGUUCCCCAUUCGUGGCUCUGCGAUGGAAAGUUGCUUGUACUUCAUGAUCCAAGGAACAAGCACAACUUGACCAUAUUCCAGGAGCAGUGGAAGCGAGGCCAGCCUGUGCUGGUCACUGGUGUUUCUAAGAACUUGAAUAUGUCACUGUGGCACCCCGACUGUUUUUGCCGAGAUUUCGGUAAAGUACGAAUCGACCUGGUGAAUUGCCGAAAUGGCAGCAUCCUUCCAAACCAGCCUAUGCGGAAGUUUUGGGAAGGCUUUGAGAACUUGAGCAAGCGCAUGAAAGAUAUAGAUGGAGAAUUUAUGCUGCUGAAGCUGAAGGACUGGCCACCUGGUGACGACUUCAGCGACAUGCUGCCCAGCAGGUUCAAUGAUCUCAUGAAGGUGUUGCCACUACCAGAGUACACUCACCGGGAUGGAGUUUUCAACUUGGUUGGGCGGCUGCCAGAAUGUUUUGUUGGGCCGGACCUUGGGCCUAAGAUGUACAGUGCCUAUGGCUCUGCGCUUUACCCGAAUAAAGGCACUACCAACCUACAUCUGGAUGUCAGCGAUGCUGUGAAUGUUAUGGUUUAUGUUGGAAUUCCCAGGGAUGGGAAGUAUGAAGAACACAUCAAUGCUGCACUGAAUGCAAUUGAUGAAGGUGCAUGUGAUGCCCUGACACGAAAGAGGGUGAGAGAAAAAAAUGCCAGACCAGGAGCUCUUUGGCAUAUCUUCAAUGCCCGUGAUACUGACAAGAUCAGAGAUCUGUUUAUUAAGUGGAAGCAUUCCACGUACGCCAGAACUAGAGGAGCUCCACCAAGUGCGCAGCAACUUGAAAGUGGUGGCUUCCUGAAAGUGGUGACUUGA